CGUUUAGGUAAGUCGCGAAGAAAACGCAGGAGAAUUCAUACGAAUUAAUUCUAAGUUUUCACGCGUAUUUACGCAUAUAUACAUAUACAUAUACAUAUACAUAUACGUAUACGUAUACAUACAUACAUAGAGUCAUCCCUCUCAGGCAUGCGCAACGUUAACGGCUGGUCAGCGUUAUUGAGUGGCCGCCGAGCGUUAAAAGCAUAUAUAGCAAUAUAUGUAGUAUAUACGUAUAUGAACAACCCCCCACUAUUCGCCGUCUAUAUCGUUCGAUUCUAAGGACAUUGUCCAGUCUCUGAACUCUCACGAACGAUUUCAAGCCGGUCAGUAUCGGCGCGAACCUUGGCUGAGAUACUUUUCUUAUUCUUUUUCUCUCGGUGAGCAUUUGUGUCUUCUCGUUUAUCAAGAAAUAUUAGAGAUUUUUUCAUGGAAAAGAAAAGAAACUAAAGAAAGUAUUAUCGUAGCCGAUACAUUUGAAUUAUAGACGAGGUUGAUACAGCGUAGGAAGUCGAGCUUAUACAACAGACUUCUGUAUUGAGUCUUCUUUCGUUUGAAACCUUAGCUUUUCUGGUAGGGAGAGAGAGAGAGGGAGAGAGAGAGAGAGAGAGAGAGAGAGAGAACAUAACGGUAAACCAAUGAGUAAUAAAAAUAAAGAUCAUUUUGAAAAUCAUCGAAUUCCUGCGACGUCUCGAAGGGAGAGGACAUUGAUUUUCUAAUUUAAAGUCCGCCGAAAGGACAAUGCGUCCUGCAUACGUCGAGACACGAGGAUGAAGAGCACGAAUUAGUGAUCUCUUCGCCAUGCCAACUGGAAUUUCAUCAAUGUUGACGCCAACCGCGAACGUUGGAUCGUUUAAUAAUGAGGGAAAAAAUUCGGGAGCUUUUACGAUCCUUCAAAGAGACGGUUUAGACUCGAGCUUACCUCUCUUACAUGUCAACGACGACGAAGAGACGUAUUCAGUUUCGAAACUGACUAGAGUGGAGAACGUAAAGAACGAUCUGUAUGCUCGUAGACGUCUCUGUAAGUCAAACGAGCAUUUGCUUUUGGCGAGUCUCCAAUGUAAUCAGGCUAAUCCGUUACGGAAGAAACAGUAUACGAAGAGUCAGAACGAUCUCGAGGACGAAGAGAAACGUCGGAGGAGGGAAAACAAGGAGGAAAAUGUGGAGAACGAAGAAAAGAAAGGACAAAGAACUAGUAUUCCUCUUUCAACGGAAGAUUUCAACGAGGUACUCAAUGCUAAAUUGAGGAAGAUCCAAGAGGACGAGGAAUCUAUGCAAAAGUAUCGAGACUCGAGAAAGAACGAGUCGAAUUCUCAGCAACGAAGAAAACCGUUCAUCACCACGGUUAAGUGCGGAGAGUUUCUAAUGCCACCACCGGAAGUAGCAGCACUUCUUGGCAUCGGUCCGAUCACGAACACUCAGGAUAUUGUCGGAAGAACAAUAGGUGGUAUUCCUCAGGGUGAGGUAAUUGAUAAUUGGCAAGGUCCUUCCCGUUCCAAAUUGAGACCUCUGGUGUCAUUCGGCAAGAAACCAGAAGUGCGUCAUAGCAAACAUAAGGCGAGAUGUCAAGCGGCAGCCCUCAAGGCCACCGUUGAUUUCGCACUUGACAAGACCAAUGCGACUACCCUGGCCUCCUAUUCUUGCUCCGAGGAACAUGCUAGGAGAAACAGGAGGUCUCCGAUCAGAGUGGACGGGCUAUUACCAACGACGCCGCGAGGUUUACCGACAAAGUUGGAACCGAUCAAGGGCGCGAUGCUGAAUAAGCUGCCUGGCCUUCGCGGCUGUGAUCAAACGAUUCCUUUCGGGAAUAUCAUGUACGAUCGCCGAGUAAUCCGUGGGAGCACCUUUGCAGUCCCUCCUGCCCUAAUCGAUGGAGAACAAUCGAUAGCGGCAAGGCAAGCGGAAGCAAGAAGAAGGCAUCUGGCAAGAAAAAGGGCGCAAGCUCAAAUUUGCAAAGUUAUAAGAUCGGGCUCGCCACCACCAGUCGCUGGCCGGAAGCACGAACCGGUCCAAACUGAAUUUUAUCUCGAGGAACUAUUUGAGAAACCGGACGAAUUCGAGGUCAGCACACAAACCGAUUAUUUUUUGGAUCGACCGGCUACGCCUAAGUACUGUCCUGCAAAAACCGGCGAGGAUGUCUCUACACAAAUUGAACCAGGAGACCUCUUCGACUUCGAUCUCGAAGUACAGCCUAUUCUUGAAGUAAUCGUUGGUAAGACUAUCGAGCAAGCUUUGAUCGAGGUCUUAGAGGAGGAAGAAAUUGCGGCUCUACGUGAACAACAAAGAAGAUUCCGAGAAUUGCGAGCUGCUGAAAGAGCCGAGGCAAAGAGAUUGAAAGAACAAGAGAGAAGACUUCGAGAAGAGAAAGAUUUCUGCUUGAGGCAGCACGAGGAAGCAGUGAAAAUUCAAAAAGAAACAGAAGAUCGCGUCGCCGUUGCCGUAUUACUUACUGGAUAUAUCGCCGAACUUUUGCCGGCCGUUCUAGAAGGUUUAAAAAUGUCUGGAUUCCUUCUGGACGAAAUUAAAGCAGAUGUCGAAGAAGGUUUCAUGCCAUGGUUGAUGAAAGAAGUUAAAAAGGAGAUGGGUAACAUGAUCGAAAGCAGAGAGUUGCUAAUGGAAAUCAUCAAAGAAAUAUUGGAGAACAGGGCCGAAACGUAUAGAAAAUUAGGCGAGGAGUACGACGCUUCCAGAAGAAGAAUAUCCGAUGAUCAUUUAGAAGAUGGUGGUCGAGAUAUAGAUUUUCUUAAUUACGAACCACCUUUCUUGUAGAAAAACGAUCUUAUUCGAACGAUAAAUUGUCGAUCGUUUCUUUUUAUUGGAUUAUAAUCAAAACCAACAGAAGCAUAUAAUUAUAUGAACAAAAAUCAAGAUCUGUUUCGACGUUCUGUACCUAUCGAAUAUCAUAGUUAAGAUAUAUGAACGAAACAGCUAGAAUUUCUAUUGUGAAAAGAGGUGUGUGUGUGUGUGUGUGUGCGUGUGUGUGUGUGCGUGCGUGCGUGCUCUGAUUAAAUACUCAAAAGGACUCGACCUUGUUGUCAUACUCGUUGAUUGUACACUUUGUUCGAGGUAUCUUACUUAAUUUUGGAUUUAGAGGCAUUCGCUAGCGCUGGAUCUAUCUCUUGCCCUUCGUAUAAGAAUGUAGCUUCUUUUAUUAAACAGUGUACGAUA